AUGCUGCUCGCUGCACCUCCUUGCUAUCCCCCCUGCACGCAAAGAGCUGGCGACAAGAAGGUGCUCCCCCUGAAGCAGUCUCACGAGCUCAAUUUCCUGGCCGCGACCCAGCCGCUCAUCUCCCGGGGAGGCCAGAAGCAGCCCGACAGGCUGCAGCGCGGCCGAACACAACCAUCUUCUUUAUGGGCGACACCAAAGGCGACGCCUGAAGGAUCCGCCGCCGUCGCGGGCUCGGGGCAGCUCACCCCUGGGACGGCGACCUACGCCAGGGGCCAGAUGCUGGGUUCGUCGCCGAGUGGGAAUGUGUCGACGCCGGGCCAAGCGCUGAGGCCGUCCCCGAGCGCGAGCCUGUCGACGUCGACGGGAACGAGGGCGAGGCCUUCCUUCAGGGACUUGUCGGGACGCCCCGCCGGCCUGGGGACGCCCGACGGGAGGACGCCGGCCAGCAGGACGCCUGGCAGCCGGCGGGGCAACGCUGCCAGGA